AUGGUUCACAGGAAGUCAACAAAGCUUCUCCAUGACACACUGGUAUGGAGGAGGGAGAUCAAAAUAGAAUCCAUGAAGGCCGAGGACUGCAUGAAGUACAUUGACAAGGGUCUUUUUUACAUCUAUGGCUGGGACGACUCGCACAAACCAAUUAUUGUGGCCAGGAAACGACAAGAGCCCAUGAACCCUGAUGAAGUGGACCCCUACUUCAAAUUCAUUAUGUUCUCAUUGGAACAGGUCCAGAAGAGCAUGCCAGAGCAGGCGCAUCAAUGGGUGCAGCUGCUCGACCUCAAUGGAUACAGCAAGAAGAACGCUCCCCCUGUGAAAAUGGGCAUCGCGGUCAUCAACGCAUUUGCCAAUCACUUCCCUGAGCGGCUGGCGCACUGCUACGUCAUUGACGCGCCUACCAUCUUUUGGGUGCUUUAUACGGCGGUGUGGCCGUUUGUAGACCCAGUGACAAGAGCCAAAGUGCAUUUCGUCUACACCAAGGACUACAAGGAGACGGGAGAAAGGAAGGACGGUAACGAAGACUCGACGCGAUUCUCAAAGUACUACAAAGCGUGGGCCACCCAAUUCGACAAGGCUAGAUACAUGAAAAUUCUGGAGGAGCUGGGCUGA